ACUAGGAACAAAACAGAGGUUUAAAUUAAUUACACACACUUUGGGUCUCUAAAGUGUUGCUAAUUUAAUGUGUAAAUAAAUGGCAUACAAAUAUCCCAUACGACUCAUUUUUUUCAGUCAUUCUUGAACUAAGAAAUCUAAACUUUUGAUUUAAUUUUGUGCUACUUAAAAAAAGUCACUAAUGUUUUUGUUUAUUUCCAGUGUCAAUCAUGACUUACAAUGGGUCAGCAAAUGUUGGAUGCUUGGUGUCGAGCGAUGUGUGUAACGGGAACUUGACCAAAAGGGAAGUGUCUGUGACCUCAACUGCCAUCUCAAUGUCGGUGGGCAUAGUUUCCAACACUCUGGCCCUCCUCAUCCUAAUCAAAGCCUACCGCAGGUUCAGAUUCAAGUCUAAAGCAGCCUUUCUCCUCUCCGCUGGUGGUCUGGUGGUGACUGAUUUCUUGGGACAUCUGAUCAAUGGCUCUUUAGCUCUCUAUGUUUAUGCCUCCCAGAAAGACUGGGAAAUAUUUGACCCCCACAAGGCUCUAUGCAACUUUUUUGGUGUUUGUAUGGCUUUCUUUGGCUUGAGUCCCCUGCUGCUCGGGAGCUUGAUGGCAGUGGAACGCUGCAUCGGAGUGACCCGUCCACUUUUCCACACCACAGCUCUGGGGUCCCAUCAUGUCAAGAGGCUGCUGGUUCUGACUUGGCUCCUGGGUCUGCUGGUGGCUCUACUGCCCAUCAUGUUUCAGCGGCCAUACCAGGUGCAGCGUUCCCGUAGCUGGUGCUUUUUCCGCCUGCAUGGGCCGCGUGACUGGGUGGAUGUGCUUCUCCCGAUAUUAUUUUCUGUCCUGGGCUUGCUUGCACUUCUGGUGUCACUAGUUUGUAAUACUGUGACUGGUCUCACUCUCCUGCGGUGUCGGGUACAGCUUGACCGAGAUCAUCAUCGCCAUGGCUGUAACACAUCACACCAUUCUGAAAUGAUCUGCCAGCUUUUGGCAAUUAUGUUGGUUUCCUGUGUGUGUUGGGGCCCUAUUCUGAUAACAAGCAUCAUCUUAAGCCUACAGGAUCAUGAUGAGGAUCAGACAUACACCCAUAUGCUGCUGGUUGUGCACAUGGCAACAUGGAACCAGAUUCUCGAUCCAUGGGUCUACAUUCUCCUUCGGAAAGCUGUGUUGAAGAGGCUUUUCCAGGUGGCACUGAGACUUUGCAGUACUCAUCCCAAACCCACAUUCUGGUGGCAGGGCAGCACUCUGGGUAGUUCCAUAGAGGCCAGUAGCUCAGUGAUCAGUAGACCAGACCUCAUCUGCCUGGAUGGGCCUUUCUUACCAGACACAGCCAUCCAAUCAGCUCACCUCCCUUGAGCCUCAAUGAGGGAUAUGAGACCUCGAUUAACGGAUAUGAGGAUAAUAAGUGGAAAAGACUGUUUCAGAUGUCCAUUCUAAGACCUAAGUUCAGUCUUAGGUCACUUACCUAAGUGUGAGGGGUUCUCAUUAGUGGAGGUACAGUGGAGCCAAAUUUAGAUAGGGACCAAAAAGGAGCUAACUGCAUUUUG